AGAUAUAAAUUCAAGAUAAACUCGACUAGAAAUUUAAAGGUAAUGAAAAAGAAUGUCAAAAAUGGAAUGUUGUGUGAAGUGUGCGAUGUGUUGACACUUAAAUGUCUUGAUACGCUCCCCUGUCACGCUUGACUGAUCAGUUAUGAAUGCAUAUAUGGAUGAUUGCUUUAUUCUACGGAAUGCAAUCCUUUUCAACUUCACGGAUGACCUAUUCUCAGGGGAAAAAGAUGAUCGCGAAGUGAAGUCUGAAGCAACACACGUCUGUAAUUUCUGAAGUUCAAUAUAUUGAUCCGACCCUACAACAGGUGGCAGGACAAGACUUACCUGUUGUUUACAAAAUGUUAUCUACCUGUAUAUAGCGAGAGUGGCGAUAUGAUGACAUCUUUUUUGUUGUCAUUUUAAAAUGUUGCUUUGUUUUGGCGUUGAGGAUGAGUGAUUUCAGCAGAAGGUACAGAGACCGCGCGUAAGAUAUAAUGAUCCUGUAAUGAUGGACCCGUGACCUCGUGUUUGGCAGACGAUCAGUCUGAUUCCGUCCUGUUUAGUGUAUCUUAACUGUUUCUUCUGUGAUGUCCAGUACUUGUAGACAGACAAUGGUCACAAGAACGCGGAUCUAAGGAAGUAAUUUAUGACAUAUACUGGAUUGGGUGUAUAUAUGUAUAACAAAUAUUGGAUCGUGUGUGUGUUGUUAUUAAUUAAUGAGCUAAAGAUGGAGUUAAUUAAAUGGCCUUGUGUUUACAUAAUAGUCUGAGGUCUUUUUAAAACGUAAACAAGAGAGUCGAUCUUCUUAUUCGCAGUUUGUCCUUUCUUGUACUCGGUAGGAACCCAGGUUUUUCGUAUUUGGAUUCUAACACUGAGUACCUGUGUGUUCGGUUCUACUGUGUUACACGUUUUGUGCUUCUCGGUACUGUCAAUGUGAAAUCGGAUUAACUUCUGUGUGUAUACUGUCAGAUAAUUAAACUGUGUCUUCUGAAUUCUUGUACGUAUUGAUGUAAUAAUUAGACAUGUCACAAUACGAGUACUCAAUUGCACAAGUCAUGGGUAUGGAUUAUAUCUUACAUAGUACGAGGACAAAAUGAAAAUAUCCCUGUAAUUUAUCUUUGAGAGUAACUGUUAAUGACAGCUCCUCCUGACAACAAAAGACUACCGCAAAUAUGAGAGGGACUUAUUCCAAUGCGUUAAGGAAGAAAUGUGACAAAUGAUUGUUGAAAUAAAGGAUGGUGUACGUUGUAUUUAGAUUGUAUUAACUGUAUCCCAAGUAAUGCGGAAGCGAUAAGUACAACGUCCAUCCCAGUAAAACAUUGGGAUGAGAUUUUUACCGAGAGAGAUUCUUAAUUGAUGCACACUAUGACGCAAUUCCUUUUGUUCGUUCUUAUUUUCCUGGUUUGUUUUGUGUUUGUCCCAGUAUCCUGUUACCAGCAAUGUCAUGCGAAUCCUCUGGUUAUAAAUCCCACUGCGCAGGUGCGGUUUGCCGUAGUGAGCAGCAUCCGCCAGAGCACGAGGACGGAGGAAUGUUAUAAAGUAUCCCAGAAUGCAGUUCAAUACUUGGCUGCAAUAGAAUGGGCCGUCAAUGUCAUCAACUCUGCAGGUUAUCUGAAGAUUCUGUCUUUAGGAUUUGAUAUAUAUGACGAUUGUGGCUUAGAUAGGCUCAGCACAUACAGCGCAAUGAAUGCAGUCAGUGCAGAAUUCCCAUCUUUGCUGACCAGUUGUGGUAGCAAUAGGACUAUUCCCAACUUAGGCAUCCUUGGUACGUCAAGGAGUCAGACGUCCUCCAGCAUUGUAAAGCUACUGGACGGAACCAAAAUACCCAUGCUGAGCCCCUUUGCUUCUCUCCCGGAGCUCAGCAACUAUGACAACUUCUUGCGGACAACACCCAGUGACACAGAACAGGUCAAGGCAAUUGUUCAGUUGCUUUUGGAGCUGAGAUGGACGUAUGUGGCCGCUAUACAUACAAAUGACAAUUAUGGUUUCAGUGGGAUAAAUGAAAUUAAGGCUUUAGCAAAGUCUCAUAACAUUUGUGUUGAUGUCGUGGUAAGUGUAGGGUCCUCCGAAGAUUUCAGCUCGGAUAUUACAAGACAAAACUUGUAUAACAACCUAGAGCAACAGCAGAAUCGUGCUGAAAAUAAAAGACUAGGUGUCAUCUACUUUGGAAACAAGAAUGUGAUCAAAUCACUAUUGAGUCGAUUUCGAUUGGAUAACAAAUUCAGUGAGUUGAUUUGGAUAAUGACAGAUUUUGUUGGAAGAAGUGAAGACGUUUUCAGUGCAUUUGAGGAUGUUUCUAGUGGUUACAUAUCUGUUUCCUCAGCCUCGACGUCAGUCAUAGGGGCCAGAAAUCACUAUGAAGAAAAAUGGCGGAAUAAGAACUCAGCUUCCAGUGAUCCAAUCGAGAGAUUGUUGAAUGAAGUUGGAAACGAGGCUCAGGAGAGUUACCGACUGGACUAUGUUCGCCCUGUAGUGGAUGCAGUGUUUGCUAUGGCAACAGCUUUUAAUGAUGUGUUCAAGGAGAAAUGUCAGAGUUAUACAGCAAUGUGCGACGGCUUUGAAGAGUAUCUGCAGCCUAACUUUUUACAGAAAUUGAAAACUGUAGACUUCUCUUAUAGUUCACUGAACGCUUCUCAGGAACCAAAGGAACUGAUUGAGCAGGACAGAAGAAUCCAAUUUACUGCAAACGGAGACUAUGUCGCCUCAGAAUCUACGGCAUUAUACGACAUCAACGUCUUCAGAAAUGGACAGUUUGUAAAGGUUGGGGAGUUUGUCAAUCAAACACUACAAGUGAACAAUUCUUUAUUAUCCCCAUACUCAUUCUCGUCUUGUUCUCGUGUCUGCGAGAAUUGUCAGAUGAAACCAGAAAUCCCAUACCGUUAUUAUUAUGGCGGAAAUAAAAGUCAGGCUAUUAUUCUGGGAAUAUUUCCACUUCACACGAUUAACGACACGAGUACUUACAGUUGUGGAGAAUUAAACACAUGGUCUUACUUUGUCUUAGCUGUGGAGGCCUUCUUCUUUGCAGUCAAGGAAAUCAAUCAAAGGACGAGCAUGGAUUUUAGUGCUCUAGCGUUUGAUGAUUGUUACAGUCACAACAGGAUAUCACUAAUUUUAUCUCAGUUCUUGUCUGGGAAACUAAAAAUUCCAGACGGGAGAGGAAACUUUGUUGACCCUGAUAAGAUUGUCACAGUGAUUGGAGCGGCAGCUAGUGGCGUCACUGUUCCCAUGACGUUUCAAUUUACGUCAUUAGGUAUUCCAGUGAUCAGCUAUGCGUCAUCAUCGCCAGAUCUGGAUGACCGAGUCAACUAUCCGUAUUUCCUGAGGACAGUUCCCAGCGACGUGGAUCAGGCCCGAGCGAUGAUAGAAAUAGCCAAACACCUCAAAUGGCAAUACAUUGGUGGGAUUCUGUACGUGAACAACAAUUAUGGAAGUAAAGGGAAGGAACUCUUGAAGCAGUAUGCCAAUGAGAGUGACAUUUGUAUUGGCAAAGCUAUUGAGAUUGAAGAAGGCGAGGAUAACUUGUUUGAUGUGAUCGAUGAAAUGAAGAGAACCGGUUCUGAUGUGUUUCUGUAUUUUGGUACGGAUGUCCGUUUAAAGUCGUUGUUGGAGAAGAUGAAGAAAGACAACUAUAACAGUGUUGUGUUCCUGGCGAGUGAAGACUGGGGCGAGAGACAAGAUAUUCUAGAUGAGUUUGGGGAUUUUGUGAAGGGUUCAAUCACGUCCAAGUUCGAGACUAGGUCGACCGUGGAUGGUUUCGGUUCUUAUUUAGCCUCUCUCAAACCGAAUGUUGAGGCUAGUAAUGACUGGUUCAGGGACUUCUGGGCCAACUUUUUCAAUUGCAAUCCUCCUGGGAUGUUUGACAAGACUAAGGACGUCGAUUGUCCCGAUGACAAGAAAUUCACCGAUACAAAUCUGAACACAUUCCUGAAAAAUCAGCGCAUUGUACACGUCAUGAACGCUGUCUACGCCGUGGGAACUGCUAUGGAAAAAGUGAAGGAUAAACUAUGUAUGGGAGUAAGUUUCCCGUGUAAAAACAUAAAAGGUCACGUAGAUGAGGUAGUUACCGAGAUCCAGAAUGUAGAAUUAACAGUAGCUGGGUCGGCCUUCUCUGUGUUCAACUCCAGACGGAAUGGAAAUGUAGGAUUCCAGAUUCUCAACAUACAGAAGAACGACAUCAAAUCCUACCAGUACAGACAGGUUGGUGAGUACCGAAAUGACCAACUGACCCUGACUUCCGGUUUCCGGUUUUACAACAUCAGCGGCAAUCCAAGGGCGAUAAGAGCUGGUUGUACGGCGGACACAUGCUCACACUGUGUGCUCUCCUCUGCGAAAGUGACCACUAAUGCGCCACUAGUGACCACAGAGACUGAACCAGAAGCGUUCCGAAUGGCCGAGAUCAUUCUUAUCAUCUUAAUCGGCACUUUGCUCGUUCUUUUCAUUUUAUCACUGAUUGUCAUAACCAGAUACUUCAAAAGCAAAAUGAAAGAUUUACGGAUACGUGUCUUGGAAAAUAAGCCAAAAGUUAUGUAUGUCAACGAAGACCGUUUUUCUGUGUCCAACCCAAUACAAAGCGGAAAUGGAAUCACUUUUCAAAAUCCAGGUCAUUCCAAUGGCUCUGUUAUCCCCAGUAACGACGGAUCCUCGGGGCUGCGAGGUCAUGAUAAUCAGGCAUUUCUCCGAGAAAGUUACAAUCACCUAGCUGACGGGUCCGGGAAUUCACCCCGAGUCAAUCGCUUGGACUACUCCCCACUCUCACAGUACCCCCCAGGCGUUAACCCUGAUAUGUUAGACCAAAGUGCCGGAAGAGGGCGAACAAAACGACCGAGUGAAAGCCAGGAAUUUCGUCCUGAAUUACCCCCGAGAGAUCACCCGCCGCCACGGAAAUACAACAGCAGUUCCUCUCUCGACAGCGGGGGAGCGAACACCCCAACUGUCCCUAAAAUGGGGAUCACACGCUCAAUGUUGGUCAAUGGACAGACUUCCAAUGACAGUGGAACGCCGUCACCUACAGGACCAAAGACAGGGCGCAUGCUCCCUUAUAUUGACCCAGUUACACAAACUGUGUCACCUUUAGCUUCACCCACUCAUUCUUCUUCAUCCUCAGGUCAAAGACCUAUCUCCUCUCCACCGCGGGGAAUAUUAAGGACUGUGUCGCCCUCCGACCAAAUUCUUUCUCAAAGUUCUCCAGGUGGAGUUCAUCGAAAAGCAGCGACAGCAGGAAUUCAUUCGCAUAAUGGGAGUGUUUCGCCGGAAGAGAUUUCCGCCGAAUUCCCGCCACCUCCAGAUUUUACACAAUUGACACAAGCUUCCGUGCCUCAAACAGCCAAAAUAAAGGCGCGGAUCAGCAGUAAUAGGUCCGCCGAGGAAGCCGCCAGAAUAUCAAGAGUUUAAAUUUAUAUAUAUAUAUAUAUAUAUAUAUAUAUAUAUAU